UUAAAAAAAAAUAAAUUGUAACAUAACUUGCUUUGGCAGGUUUAUUGGUAUCUAUAAGUCACACUGCACUCAAUUCAAACCACCUAAUUUGGUCAGCAGCCCUGUCUUUCUUUGUUCCCCUUGAACCAAAGAUGGAGGCUGAACGUGGCUCAGUCGUAAAGACAGCCUAUGUCAUGGUAACAGCCAUUUUGUAGCAUUGCAGUUGUAACGUUUUGCACACACUCAGGAACACAGCCUGCAUUUCUCCCUGACUAUAACCAUAGACUGUAUAACAGUAAAAGAAAACAACCUAUAAUUAAAAGACCAUGUUGCCAAGUGCAACAGAUGAUUAAUGACUCAAAUGAAUUUUGAUUUAUAUUCUCACCAUGUGCUCCACAUUGUUUAAACACAUCAAUUACAAUAGACAAAGCAACUUGAUAUAUAUCCAAACACACCAUAACCUAUUACUCCGCUGUAUCAAAUGAGUGCUCAUGGGUUUGCUCUAGUUACCCUGUUAUUAUGAAGGACCAAGAUUGAUACUCGUGCUGGCUGACACAACAUAAAGCCAAGACCUCUUUCAAUGUAGAAACUCAAAUAACCAUUCAAGGUAUAAAUGGAGCAGGGUGGAGUUAUUUACAGUCAAAUGCCCAUUGACACUCUGUGCUGACUCAAAAGACAACCAAUGUGUGAAAGCAGGGUGUCAAAGGGGUGGGAGUGUGUGUCAGAUAAACAUCUGCCCUUUACUUAUAUACAGAUCUCCCACUGCACUGACUAACAUAACAUAUCUGCCCCCUCCCCAUUUCACUCACCCAUGUCUUUAUUUGUAUCUUAUCUACCUCACUCUCUCAACACCACCACACCCUGUAGCUCACACACGUACAAUUUUGUAAUCUUACUAAAUGCAGUUUCUCACCCUGCAGCCCCGGAAACAAAGGGUGUUCAAUGACUGAAUCCAUGCUUCCUGCUGGAAAUCUGUGUCAUGGAUGAUGAGGAUGAUCGCCAUCUUCUGGAUAUUUUAGGAGAUGUGGAUGCAUUAAAUGACUAUCUUCAUGGCAACAACAGCAAGUCUAUUGAGGAGGAUGAUGUAGCAAAUGCAGCUUAUGGGUCGGAUGGAUCCUUCUUUGCCAGCAACACGACUGGCUCCAACACUGGCCUCAAAGAUGGUGAUUUCGGUGAUGAUUCAGCAGGGGCAGGCCUCCAACUCUCCAGCAGCCUUUCUUUUAUCGAGGAUGAAUUGGGGCCGGAGACCUCCCCUGGAGGGGUGGAUCUUGGGGGAGAGGACCAGCCCUUCGACAUUCUACAGAAGUCUCUCAUGGAGGCCGACAUCACAGAGCAGACAUUGGCCCAGGAGGCCUUACUAGACUCCCAGCCGGCUCCCACACUAGUGCAGGCUCCUGUUCCCUUCCCCUCCCAGCUGGUCUCUGGGGGUUAUGGAGGGGGAAUGGGUGUGGUGACCACGACGACAGCUGCGUUCCCAGCAGGCCAGUUCCUGCAAGGGGUGUCCCAGCUACCUAAUGGCUCCGCCCAGCACAUCCAGGUGUUGGGCUCGUUCGGGGCCAGUGGUGGUGUGAUGACUCUGAGCAGCCUGGAGAGAUCUCCUCAGAUUGUGCUGAGGCAGGGGGCGCCUGUAGCAGCAGCAGGGACCACAGCAGGGGGGCAGGUGUUUGCCCCUACUCAAGGGCAGGUAGGCCAAGUCGGCUUACCUUUCAAAAACAUCCCCCUUCAAAACAUCAUCAUCCAGAGAGGCCCAGGAGGGAACCAGACUCUUGUCAGACCAAUCCAGCCUAAACCCCUUCAAGCUGGGGCUCAGACUGUCUACAGCCUUGGUCUUCAGCCCACUCCCACCACAAUGGCUAAUGUAGUUAACGCUAACACUGCUACUCCUGGGGGACACUACACAGCCAAUGGCUCCAUUGUAAUGCAGUCACCCCUGGAGCAGCAACAAGCACAGGCCCAAACAAAUAUAUCACCCGGACCGUUCUUGCUGCCCAGCUCUUUGUCUCUCACUCAGGCCAGCACUAUCCACAAUGGCCCAACUGACCCAAACGCAAAUGCCCUAAUUACCAGUCAGAAUGCGGUGCAGAUUGUUGCGGGGCAGAACUUCACUGCAUCAACAGGAGGCCAGCUAAUUUUGAAUCAGGGAGUAAUGGGUGGGAAUCAGGUUGGAGGGGGUGUAACACAAACAUGGACAGGAGUUUCCUGUGCGAGCUCCGCCCCUGCGCAGACAUCGUGCGCUCCUGGGCGGCUGACUCUGGUCGGCCCAGCGACGGCGGGGAUCGGCGGUCAAGGCCAAGUGGGGGCUGGACCUGUUCAGCGUCUUCUAGUGACUCAGUCUCAGAAUUGCACUUCUCUGUCCCCUUUACCUGGUACUGUGACACAGGAACAACAAGACUACAGACAGAAUUCGUCAUUAGAUGCCCUCAAACAGGACAGACAGUCUCAGCUCAGCAGCAUCCAUGCCAUGACAACCAUGACUCAAGAUUCAACGCUCAACUCUCAGGUCAGUGCUCAGAAGAGACCUGCCCUUCCGCCACUUACAAGAGGAGGAAUGAUUUUACAACAGUUGAGGAAGGAUCAUGCUGGAGUUCAGACCCCUGAUCGGCAUCGAUUCGCUUCAAUCGACGAUGCACUGCAGAGACUCCUCCCCUACCACGUGUUCCAGGGAGCUCCACCCAGCUGGGAUGAGUUCUCACAGGUGGAUGAAGAAUUUGAGGUAGUUGCAACUCAGGUGCUGAAGAGGACCCACGCCAUGGUAAACAAAUACAGACGGCUGCUAAUGGUGGAAGCAGAGCAUUCCAGUCCGUCAUCAGAAAUGGUGAUGAUUGACAGGACCUUCAACCAAGAGGAGCGCAGCAAUCUGACACAAGACAAACGCAUGGUACUAGUUGAUCCAGACCGCUUCUUGGAAGACUUCUGUUGUGGGACGAAAUCCAAACUUUUCCAAGAUCCCCUCCCCUCUCAGCCAUUGUCCAGCUGUAGUUGGAAUCAGUCGGACACAGGCUCUACGGAGCCACCGUACAGGACAGACUCCCAGCCCGGGUAUGGAGACCCGGGAGGGGGUGGGGCUGUAGGACCAGGUGCAGCAGAGAGACUUCACCCUCCACAGUUAGAAAACAAGAGUGUCCUGGAACUGAAGAGAUCCCAGCAACACUACAGUCCCAGCAGCGCCAGCAACAACAGCCUCACCGCAGCCAACAAUUAUCCCCAAGGUAACCCCUCACCUUUUGCAGCAACAUCAGGAGGAGGACAGACGCACUACCAGGUGUCUCACCACCUGUCCUCUCGCCAGCCCCAGCCCCAGCCCCAGCCCCAGCCCCAGUACCCCCCUCCACUCACCUCACCCCCUCACCCCGACACAGACUCUGCUCUUGAGGCGGCAGUCAACAGCAUCUUGGAAUGUUAAGAUUGGUACUCCAUCAUCCCUAAUAACAUAUGAUUUCAAUUUCUUUAGUGUGUGUGUGUGUGUGUGUGUGUGUGUGUGUGUACGUUUUGUUAAACUCUCCUUUUGUAAUAUUUGUUGUAUUCCCCCACAGCCCUGUGUGGAGAGGGGUUAACUCUUCUUUCAGGUCUAUUAUCUUUGCGUUACCAUUUCCGGCCAUGUAGCAUGUAUUUACUUGUUUUUGGUUUAUUAUUUAGGUUUUUGAGGCAUGAUGUAGGAGUCAGAUACUCCAUGGCAGGUAAAACGCAUGCACUUCAAGUUACCUAUAAAGAUCCGGGAUUGUGUGCAAUGCAAUGGAUUAAUGGAUGGAAAAUGUUCUUGUUUUGUUUAUUUUAACAUUAUUUUAAAAAGGUAGGGUCUGCAACUUAAGUAGCUUGAAUAGGAGUGUCCCUCUCUUCACACAUGCACACACACAUACGUCAUUAAUAUUUUGUGCCAGUAGAUUACCCCCACUAUGGUGAUAAAUAGGAAGGAGGAGGGACAAAAUGACGACUCUGUGCCUAAUUGUAGGAUUUUUAUUUUGAAGUGUUUACAUGAAGAAACUCUAGUCAAAAAUAUUCAUUGACAUCCUUCCUUCCUGCAUUACAAACAUGCACAGUGCACGCAGACAUGUUUUAGUACAGUGUGUCAAGUAGAUUCAUGGUUCAGAGGUGUAGAUUUCCUUUAAGGUAAGCUCAGUAGAGACACAUUCUCAAUUGCAAAUUGCACUAAACAUACUGUUGCUUAUUUCAGUAACUAUAUAAAUAUGAGGCUCUGGUUGAUAGACAGUGUAUGCUAGGCUAAACAGAAUGUGAACAUUUGGACCUAAACCAAAAUCUAUUAGCUUGCUUUCUGCUGCCUGCAACAAGGAUAAACUCUUAAUCGCACUAAAAACCAGUCAAGCUAGUCACACAGACAUACAUAGAGUAGUGUUACUGUACACAGCAAUUCUUUUUCCCCUUUAUGCUUAAGUCACACUUUCUUUGGCAUUUUUCUUUUGUACCUUAAAGGUAUGCAAGCCCUGACACAGACACAAGACAAAUCUCGAUCUCAACCACUUUAAUCAUUUCACAUUGUGUUUGUGUCAGGGGAGCUCAGUCCUCAGAUUGAGGAAGAUCUGUUACAUUAUGUUUAUCUAUUUUAUUUUGAUUUUUAUUUCCUAUUAUUAUUAUAAUUUUUUUUAGAAAUGACAUUCAAAAAGUUGACUGUUUUUGUUUGUUGUGACGUGUUCCCCAGCUUUGUGAACAUGACAAUAUCGUCAUUAGUUUAAAUGACCCUGGAGGGUCAUUGAUUGUACGUAUAUUUGUCUGCCUUCUGCAUACAGUAUAAUGAUAUAUUGAUCAUAUCUAUCUAUCUAUGCUUGACAUGUCUUUUCAGUGUGUUUGUUAGUCUGCAUACAUACAACACUGGUCUAUGACUUAUGUUUUCAUGUAGUUCGCUUGUUUGAUUGCCAUAAUCUUUGUGUUCGCUCAGUCCACCAAGAUGUUUUUCACACUUUCCAGUGCGUCAAGCAUUUCUCACAUUUCCUCUCUUCUCCCUCUCAGCAGCGCAACCAAAAUUCAAAAUAGGAGAGAGUAUGGUCUCAUCCAGAAUCACCGUCAGAUCUUUUUGUCAGCUCUGUGACUAUAGUGUAAAGCUGUAGUGUUUCCUCUGAAACUGUGCCCUUAAAAUGACUUGGGCUCCCACUGUGCUCUGGUUCUGUUUUAUUUAGUUUUUAGAACCAAAACUUAAUCUACUGUUAUAUUUCAUCACGAUGAAGAAUUAAUCCUAAAUUCAUCCUUCCAUUUAUGUUUUUGGAAUGACAUUUUUUGAAAAUAAAUCUACAGAAAUUUGCACCGCGGUAUAAGCAAGAGAGGGCUAUUUCUGCCAAAUCCAUCACAGGACCAAAGCUUAGGUUAAAUGUGUUAAAUGCUCCUGGUGUUGAUUCUGGAUAGUGUUACCUUUCUCCUAUAAAUGUGUCUGUGAAAAAUGCUUGCCAAUAGGCUACAGGAGCAGACAGAAGGCCUUUUAUAUGGGGUGAUAGAUUUUGUGUUUGAGUGCCAGUGGCCAUUGCAGCCUGCCUGCCUGUAUCUCUGCCUAUAGACCUCUUAUAUCUACCAGUGCACACUGAGAAUACUGGGCUCUCUGCUUUGAAAGCAAAUCUCUUAUGACAUGUAAGGGUCAAGUGAAAUUUGUUAUUUGCUCCUUCAAAUGGUUUCUGCGAGACUUUGUGCCUCUAUAGCACUUAUAUCCACAAGAAAGUUAGUUUUAGACUUGCACAAAGUAGGGACGUGUCCAAUUUUGGUUAAACAUUGUGUUAUCUUGAUGCAUAUCAGUGUCUAAGAGCCUGGUAGGAACAUACUGUGCUUUUUCUCCCAUUUUCAGUGCAGAGAUGUGUUUUUCUGCCUCCAUUUUCACUGUUGUUUUGUCUGACUUGAUUUGUAUAGUUUGUUGUUUUGUAUAAAAAUGAAAAGUGAAACACAAAAUAUUUAUAAUUUUUGUAUGGAGAGAACAAAAGAAGAAUGUAAAAAAACAAAAACAAACAUGAGAAAAUGGAAAUUAUUUUUUAUUGUAUUGGCUAAGAAGCGGCGUCAGGAAAAAUCAUUACAAAAAUACUGUCAUUUCUUCAUUUAUAGCUAAUCAGUGUUCACUACAGCAUCAAAAGAGAGUCAACAAUAAAUUCAUUUUGAAUACAA